CCCACGCUGUGCACUGGGGAUGCCUGAAUCUGUGGAAGUCCUGAUCAAAGUCCCCGGUCUGCUGAGAGCAGAGCCUAACAGCUCUGUGCUCAGUUAAAACCCAGUCCAGCCUUGCUCAGCAAAUAUCUCUGCAUGAAGGUGAAGCCCUGCUUACUGGAGACACACUGGAAGAGGAUUUUCCUCCAGCCUGUGGACAUUUGCCAAUAGUGGUGAAGAAAAGGAUGCUGCUUCUUUAUGAACACAGGGGUAUUGUGAAAAUGGAAGCUAUGUGGUGAUGCCUUUAAGGAAUGCAAAGCUUCAAACUUAGAUCUUGUGUGUUUUGGUCAAUUUUUGGUUAAAAAAAAGCUUUGUGAUAUUUUUUCCAUAUUUUCAACGUCCUGUCAGAUGACUCUCCACUGGAGCAGAAUGCUUGCAAAAAAUUGCUUGGAAGAAAAACACAACCUUUUGCCAGACACUUUACAAGUAUAUUCAUUUUUUCACCAUGUACAAAGGAAGUAAAAAGUGCGGUCAGCCUAAAUGUGCACAAUGCAUAUCAAAGAGGAAGAGUUUGCAUCAGCUACUAACAGAAGAUCGACAAUCUAAUUGACUCUUUUUUUGUUACCAAGACUGAGGGACCAUCCACCCACCCAUCCAUCUGGCUAUAAUGGAGCUACGAGGGACCCGUGGGACAAUGGGCCUGGACUCACGGGUUCAGGGGUUGGGGUUCGGCAUGCCACCCAUCGGGGUUCCAGCCAGCUCCAUAUUAACAGCAGUGCAGCAUCAGGACUACUCAGCCGCCAUCUGGCUUCGCAGGAAGGACAAACUGGAACAUUCUCAGCAGAAGUGCAUUAUGAUCUUCGCCUUGGUGUGCUGCUUCGCCGUACUGAUGGCGUUGAUUUUCUCAGCAGUGGACUUUUGGGGCGAGGAUGAAGAUGGAAUCACAGAGGAGAACUGUAGCAGGAACUGCAGAGUAGUUCUUGUGGAGAACAUCCCAGAAGACAUCUCCUUCAUAGACAAUGGAACAUCACACCUCCCUCUCUCAGUGGGGCUGUACAACUUACUGGACCGCGCUAUCCGGGUCGUAGAGAUAGUUUCCCCGCUGUGGCUCCUCAACUCCUCUGACUAUGAAUCCAGCUUCCAGCCGGCUGCCAGACAGGGCAGGGCUCUGCUGUCUAGGCUGCAAGGGCUGAAAGCUAAAGGAAUCCAGCUGAAGAUCUCCAGCGGGAUGACCGACUCGACUGAGCUUGGGAUGCUCGCCAAACACAAUGCUGAAGUCCACUAUGUGAACAUGACAGCUCUGACCAAAGGUCAACUCCACUCCUCCUUCUGGGUGGUCGACAGAAAACACUUCUACAUCGGCAGCGCCAGCAUGGACUGGAGAUCCCUUGCCACUAGGAAGGAGCUGGGUGUGUUGGUGUACAACUGCAGCUGUCUGGCUCUGGACCUCCACAGAGUGUUCAGCCUCUACUGGGGGCUCCAGUAUAGAGACUUCAUCCCAUCCUUCUGGUCCAAGCGCCUUUUUGCCCUCUUCAACAGGGACACACCACUGGAGUUCACUCUCAACAGCACAAAGGCUCAGGCCUACGUCUCUAGCUCCCCAGAUGUGUUCAUCCCUAAAGAUCGUAGCAGUGAUCUUGAAGCCAUUUCCAGGGUCAUCCAGGAGGCCCGCCACUUCAUAUAUAUCUCUAUAAUCGAUUACCUGCCCCUCCUCAGCCGCAACGCUCACAGGUACUGGUCCCGUAUUGACGGUCUUAUCCGGGAGGCUCUGAUCCUGAGAAAGGUCCGGGUCCGUCUCCUGAUUAGUUGCUGGGAAAAGACUCAUCCACUUACUUUCAACUUCAUCUGGUCCCUGAGGAGUCUGUGCAUGGAGCAGGCCAACUGCUCAAUGGAAGCUAAGAUUUUCAAUGGCAGAGUCCAGAGGGAUGGCAGUGUCCAGGGAAUAAACCACAACAGGUUCAUGGUGACAGACAGAUCCAUUUAUUUAGGUAACCUUGACUGGGUGGGGAAUGAGUUUAGCUUUAAUGCAGGAGCAGGACUCGUGAUCAGUCAGCCAGAAGGCAUCGAGGAGAGGAACUCCACAGUGGUGGAGCAGCUACGGGCUGCAUUCGAGAGGGACUGGUUUUCAAGUUACACCCGGUCCUUGCAGGCCAAUAAGAUCCCUGUCUGCAACAAGCCCCAGAUCAAAAGGCUGGUCCCACUCAAAACUAGCCACUUAGACAAUGGACCAGUGGUCAUGAGAACAGGCCAGCAUGAUAACAAACCUGCACCAAUGAGACACAAUCACAAAGAUGAUGGACAGAAGUACACUGAUGACAGACUAAGCAAAGUUAGUCGCCAUGGCAAGGCCAAUGGACUGGUGCCAAUUAUAGACAGUUACCAAGAGAGGGGACGAGUCGAAAUGAGUCACCUUGAUAACAGGCAGGUAGAAAUCAAAGGUAAUUACGAUGACAAUCCAAAAGAACCAUCCAGUCAGUCAGCUGAGAGCAGCGGCAGCAGAGAGCUUUUUAACAGGUCCCUGUGACCACAAAGCUUGAUGUGUUUGUUUUCACUGAAUUAUGACAACUACUCUCUUUCAGUAGCAAUGGACUUAACUAACUGGGUCUUUGUAGCAUUUUAUUGAUGCCAUUUUGAAGAAAACAAAAACUUUUAAGAUUUAAGUAAUAACUGAUUUGCAUCAUUUGCCCGGUACUUGAUCAUGUUCAUGGAAGAACUCAGGAAGGAAAGGGAACGCUCCACUGCAGUCUGGCACUUUUGAUGGAUUCUUUUUAGGAAUGAAACCAAAACAUUUUGAUUUGAAAGCAACAUUGAUUUAUACACUGUAAUAAUAACUUACAACCUUACUAUUAAUGUAAGUUUUUUCUCUCCUUGUUGAGAUCCUGUCAAAAUAACGAAAUCUUGCAAUCUUAUUGAUUGCCUUAUUAUUGUAUGUCACUUUAGAUGUUUGUCAUAAAUGAUCACCCUUUAAAAGGGAGAAAUCACGCCUGCAUGCCUACGCAGAGAUGGAAAGCAGUGCAGCACAUGUAGCUACACUAGCAACAUUUAUCACUAAAGAUGCACUCCAAAGUAGCAGAAGACUUACAACACAGCUUUACUUUACAUGUUGUGGAUCUCUCAUUGCCUCUGUAAUAAUUGGUUGUGGAUAAUUCUGCCUCAUGUCAGUAGUUUGUGCAUCUCCAGCAUUCUUCUAAAUAGGUUACUGUGCAUUCAAAUGUUUACUUAAAACUCCAAACACAUGUAUUACCACUGAUAACUUCAGAUCUUCAGAUUUAUUCUAAUGUCAAAUAAUAGUAAGAGAAAACAACCUUAUGUGUCUGUAUUAACACAGAUCCCUAAGGGGUUUUAAACGUUUGCACUGAGUCAAAAUUGCAAUUUAAUUUCCACUCACAAGAACACCGAUAACAUUGCCAUCAGUCCUGCAAUAGAAACAACCACAUGACUAAUUUUGAGUGCUGACCCACAGUUCAGGAGCUUAUCAAAUCAUGUCCACAAUGUUUUAAUCUCAAUAUCUAAGAUCUAAAGUAUUCUUCCAAAUGCUAUGUUGUGUGUUAUUGGACAAAAGGAGCAGUUCACUUAGAAGAAGGGGCCAGAGGGUCUCUGCUGUCAAAUCAAUACAAUGAAUUUUUAACAGAGCUUGACAGUUGCAGUUGCAGCAGUUUAACCUCAAGGACAUUGUUUCCUCUAGCGGCAUGCCUGUGACUGAAUGUAUAUUACCUUUACUGUGUGGAGCUAAACAUAUGUGAUUGCUAGUAAAAAACAACUAAUUUACUUUUGACUAAAAGCUAACUAACAAACAUUCCUUUGCAUUUUGAAUGAUUGCAUGUCAGUUUAAGACCUUUACACACUAUUUGCUGUACGUUUAUAAUGUAGGAUAAUUUUUUUAACUUCCAGGCCAUAAAUCAAGGAAACAGGAAAAUAUUUCCAGAGAAAGGCACAUAGUGAUGUCUUCAUCACCAAUUCGCAGGGUCUUAUGGUACCACUAUGGUAGCACUUUAAUGUGAAGGGUAUAAUGAGUGCUUUCUCUGAGUUCACUGAGCAAGAAGAAUAAUUGCACACAUUAUUUCUUCCAGAAAACUAAAUUUGUGUUGAGAAUGCAUAGAAGGUUUAGCUGUAACCAUAAAGAAUCAGGCAGUCAUCUGUGCUAAAAUUAUAUAUCACUUGAUUUUUGGUGGAUAUCAUUUGAUGGUAUUCUAUUUCUGUAUUUUCUGCCUACAUUUCUUGUACUACAGGUCCAAUUAAGCCACAACACAGACUUAGUCCGGUCUUGCAGUGAGUCAAAACAGAUGUGGACAGGACACACAGCGCUUGACAAUUGUAUUCUGGUCAUGAUGGAUAACUCCUGCCAUCUAGAGGAUGUCUUGAGAAAGAAUAUUUCUUUUCACACUUAAUUGCUGCAAAUUGACAUGAUAGUUUUUAGUUUUUUUUUUUAGAUCAGUCUUGAUCAAGAAUAUAUGCUGGUUUAAAUCUACUGUUUAUAUGCCAAUUCUUAUCAAAUGUAUAAAAGGCAGCGACAUGGAACUUUUAGUGGUUUUACUGCAAACAUUUGAAGUGAAAUGCUGUCAUACGAUACGUUGAUACUAUAUUAUUUGCAGAGUAAUGUAUGACGUUUAUAGUGUUAAAAUAUAAGUCAAAAUAAUGUAAUAAGAAUAACAGUUCCAUGUUAAAUUUUAACAUCAAACUAAAAACAAUAUACCUUCCUGUAGUAUGUGCCCUAACCAGUCUCUGUUUGUGCAAGACACAGGCAUUAAUUCAUCCAAAAACUGAAUCUUUUGUGACAUAUUAUAUAUGAAGCACACAAUCAAUAAUAUGAAGAACACAAUCAUCUGUUUAAUUUGUAAAACCCUCUCUCCACACAGAGUGCAUAGAACUUGAGCAUUAUCUAAAUAAUAAUGUCCACAUGUUUUCAUGUCAAGUACCACUUCAACACACUGUAUUGCUUGUAAUCUGACAGCUGGUCAGACUCAGCACUUCAUGCUGCUAUUACCUAUGAUUGUCACAUUGGGGACAGGAAUGUCUCUGAUGUACCCUGUACCCAAGGCUAUGUGUUUAGUUGUUCUUUAACUAUUUUGAUAAUUCAAAACAGUGACUAUUUUCUAGUUAGCAGGGACCAGGACUAACCCUUUAAUCAGAAACAAUUUACAAUCUGCUACAUGCAAAUUACAUAAUCCAAGCAAACGCAGUAGGAAUGUUUCUGUGUCACCUGUCCGUCUGUCCAUUCCUAUAGUAAGCUUGAGCAAUGUUCACUGAAUCCUCUGUGAAAAUUACUGUUUUCCUGCAGUCAGAAGGGUAGAUGGGUUUGAGGUAGCUGCAAAGUUGAACAGACGGAAGCACUACUCCUAUUUAACUACUCACUGUAAAAGUGUUUUAAUGUCGCCUACCUUUAUUCUAUUGAACUGUUUCGGCAUGACUGCUGCUUGCAUGCCUUGCCUUUAUGAACUGUUCACAGUAGCUAUGAACCUUUCUAGAGAUAUUGAUAACAAUGAAAGCGUAUACCUUUAAAAGAAAUACAGAAGGAAUGUAUAUUUAUUGAUUACUCUGGUUAAUGUACACUACUGAAUUAUAUGACUGCUAUGUUUUUACUCUUAAUAAAAAAAUGAGUUCUCUUA